AUGGCUUCCAACGACGAUAGCCGCUCCACCGACAAUAAGGCUUCCAUCGCCCUCCUGCACCGCGUCCGCGCCGGAGACCACGUCCACUUCGUCCAUCACGUCGAUGUCUGUGAUGCCGUUCCUGAGGUUCUCGUCGCCGACCUGGAGCCGGUGCCGGGCACCGGUGCCGAAGAUGACGGCUACAGCAGGAUCUGGUACUUCUACCACGCCAAGAAAUACAAGAACGCCCGAGGCGACACCAGCGGCCACAGGCAGCGCGCGGUCACCGGCGGCGGCGGCACGGGCUGGCACUCGGAGAUAAGGCGCAAGGACGUCCAGGGAUCCGGUGGCGGCACGUUCUGCACCUUCUCAUACGGCCGCAAGACGGAGCCCUCCGCUCGAUCGAUCGACAGGAUGGGGUGGUGCAUGGUGGAAUACGACUUCGUCGCCGCCGACAAGAAACAAGACGAAGCCGCCGCCGACAGCAGCAACUACGUGCUUUGCAAGGUCUACCGCUCGCCUCGCGCGAAAGGGAAGUCGGCGCCGGUAUCGGCGUCCUCCUCUAGCAAGAAGUCCUCGUCCAAGCAGACGGCCAAGAAGAGGAAGGCCGGCGGCGGUGAGCACCCCGAGGCGCCGCCGGCCAAGUCGAUCCAGCAGCAAGAACAGGUGCAGCAGGAUACUACCGCCUGCUAUCAGCCACAAGGCGUGGAGUCGGAGCACGGCGGCGACUUCAACUUCAACAUCGAGGACAUAAACUUCUACGUGGACGAGAGCAUGCUGCGAGACGAGCCAGAGCAGGGACUGCAGCAGCCAAUCGCCGAGCCGGAGACUGCCGUGCAACGACAGUCUGAGCACGAAGAGUUCACCGUGGAGUGGUUAUUGUGA